UAGCAUAAUUGAAAUAAUAAAAUGCGGCACAUCUGAACGUUGUUCGUCAGAUGAAUUCGCGCAACACGAAGAGGAAGAUGCGAAAGUAGCCCUCACGGCCACAUGUGCUUAUAAGAAAAGGAUUCCAAACCCAGCUGCGGUACAUUGCAAUUUUUGAAUCUUGAAAAUGGCGAUGGUCAGCGUGCUUCUGUUCCUGAAGGACUUCCUGCUUGGCGGGCUGGCCGGCACCGUGUCCAAGACGGCGGCCGCCCCCAUCGAAAGGGUCAAGUUGCUGCUGCAGCUGCAGGACGGCUCGGUGCAGAUGCGAAACAGCGACAAGCGUUACGACGGCAUCGUCGACUGCGUCCGCAGCGUACUCAAGGAGCAGGGCCUGCUCAGCUUCUGGAGGGGCAACCUGGCCAACGUGGUCCGGUACUUCCCCACGCAGGCCAUCAACCUCGCCUUCAAGGACAGAUACAAAGAGCUCUUUUUGCGAGGCGUGGAUAAGAGCAAAGACUUCUGGACUUAUUUCGCCGGCAGCGUUGCUUCAGGGAGUGCAGCAGGGGCAACCUCCCUUUGCGUUGUCUAUCCUCUCGAUUUCGCGAGGACUCGACUGGCCGCCGACGUCGGAAAAGUCGACGACGAACGCGAGUUCACCGGUCUGUUCGACUGCUUCAAAAAAAUCGUCAAGUCAGACGGGUUUUUCGGGCUCUACCGAGGAUUCUGGAUGUCUCUGAUCGGCAUUGUCAUUUAUCGAGGCGCGUAUUUCGGAUUUUAUGACAUUGCGAAAGAAGUGAUCGGCAGUGACAACUUAAAUUUCGUGACAAAAUGGAUUGUUGCUCAGGUUACCACGACCUUGGCUGGUCUGCUCGCUUAUCCGUGUGACACUGUGCGGCGAAGAAUGAUGAUGCAGUCUGGCUGCAGGAAAGACGAGAAGUUGUACUCGAACAGUCUACACUGCGUCGGCAGCAUUAUCCGCCAAGAAGGAAUUUGCGCCUUUUUCAAAGGAGCGUUUACAAACAUCGUCAGAGGCAUCAGCAGUAGCCUGGUCCUCGUCCUCUACGACGAGUUUCAGAAGCUCUUCGAACUUCUCUUUCAAACGGACUCAAAGUGAUAUUUUUAUUUUUGUUAAUAUCUGCGUGUUUGUGUGACUUGUAUAGAACACGUUUUGCAGUGAGUAAAACUAUAAUUUAUGAUCCUCACAUCAGUAAAAUGUUACAAGCAGUUAAGCCCAAUGUAAGUUUACAAAAAAAUUACCGCAAGGUGGAUAUCCUUACGCUGUAUAAAAUUUCUGCUCUUCACGAAACAGGUUUUUAAACAAGUCGAAAUUUCAGGCGUAUUUUAUCUCUUCUCUUCUCCGUCUGUCUGUUAAAAAAGAGAAGUGUGUUUCCAGGCGUAUGUUUAAAUACUCGUCCAUGUCGGCUUUCUCAGCGCAAGAGUGCUCAUUUUUUUAAUGACUCCUUUGAGCGCAAAUACAAGGAAUGCUGAUUUAUGUUGGCUUGGCAACUGCCCAAGGUUAUUAUUCUUAACUUUGGGGUGCGCUUCAAUUAUAAACACUUCAAGCUUUACGAUGAAAAAUAAUCUCUAAAUUUGAUGUCUAAAAAUAACUUUGAUGUAUUUAAAAUUAUAUUCAGAUUUGGAGUUAAGUAAAAAUCGAUUGAUUAUUCUUAUGUAGUAUUUUUUAUUGUAAUCACGUCAGCUUACAAACUAUUAUCUUUUUCACGUUUUUUGUACUUUUUCUUUUACACGUUCUCUUUUUCGAACAUCAGUCUCACUGCUUUAGCCGCCAAAUCUGU